AAAAAUUUCUAAAAUAAAAAAUUGACAUGUUAAACAGGUAUGAAAAUGAUGUAUCAGUUUUUUUUUCCAAAAAUAAUUAAUUAAUUAAUAAAAUAAACAAAAAAUUAAAUAAAAUCAGAAAUUUAAAUAAAAAUCAGAAAAUUUAAUAAAAACUCAUAAAUUAAAAAAAAAAUCAGAAAAUUAAAAAUAUUAGAAAUUAAUUAAAUAUUAGAAAAUUCAAAAUUCAAAAAAUAAAUGAGAUCAAGUAACAUUUCAAAUCGGUAAAACAUUUUUUUCUAUCUCGGGACAAGAUAAAUGCAACAUUUCGAAUGGGUCAAUGUAUCUAUUUUGAUAUUGUAUUGACAAGAUUUUGGAUAUAUAUUAUGGUUGUUUAUAUGUAUCCAAAUGUAUGAUUUCUUUCAAAACACUGUCAAGUAUUGUUGAUGAGCAAUAACAUUUGUAAUUUUGAUUUGCUUUGAUUCUUAGAAGUGACCAUAAUACUUUUCCAAAAUAUAUGAUCAGAGUCUUUUGAGAUGGAAGACCAAUACAAGAACAUACUUGAUUAUGACAAUUUUCAUUAGAAAGAUUUUAUAUUUAUUUACUACUACAAUUUAUGUGUGCUACUAGUCCAUGACGAUUAUCUUUCAUUUGUUUACUAGUUGUCAACUUUGCAAGUAACAACUUGAAGGGAUUAAACUACAUCGAUCAAUGUUGAUCAUUCAUUUAGGUUGAAUGGCACUUUACUAUAAUGGCUGUCAAAUGAUCAAGACAUUUUUCAAAAAAGAAGUAUUAUUGUAUUAUUAUUUAACUGAUACAUCCAUAUGCACUGAUUCUGAACAUCUUUAUGGUUUCCUCCAUCCAUAAAAGUUGGAAAACCGAUAAUGAAUUACCUUGUGCUUUCAAUCAAUCUAGAGAUGGUUAACCAUAUACAUAAUGGCAAGAUUUUACAAUGGCUAAAUCAAGUUCUUGUCCAUUAAAUUUAUCUGGUUGGUUGAGGUUAACUUCGUUUCAAUUCGUUAUUAAAUCUUACCCAACAAAGAAAGGAAAAUCUAAGAAUUUUUUCAAUGAAAUGAUAAAACAAGAACCACCUAAAGCGUUGACAUAUGCCAUUAGUCAUGAUUCACAAAGAUGCUUAUUUGACUUUUGUUUAUGUAUAAUGUAAUUGUGUAUAUAACCAACAUGGUUAUACUAUAACUUAUAUGGAGUGGAAGCUGAUACGUGCAUUAGCUGUCAUUUUGAUCUUGGCUAGUCUUUAUAUUUGCAUUCGAGCGCAUAGUCUAUACCAAAGUAAAUCUAAUUCAUUUGGUGAUGAUAAUGACAUGUAUAACCCUUCUUUUUUGGAUUUCUAUCACAAGCUGUGUUUUUGUUCAAGCUCAAGACCAAUCUGGUUUUAUUAGUAUCGAUUGCGGGAUACCAGAUGAUUCAAGCUACACUGAUGAGAAAACAAACAUGAAAUACGUUUCGGAUUUGGGUUAUGUUGAGUCUGGAACAAGCCAUAGCAUAGUUUCAGACCUACAAACAACUUCUCUCGAAAGACAGUUCCAAAACGUGAGAAGCUUCCCUGAAGGCAAAAGAAACUGUUACAACAUAAAGCCGCAACAAGGAAUAGGUUUCAAGUAUCUGAUCAGAACCCGUUUCAUGUAUGGGAACUAUGAUAAUAUUAGUAGAACACCAGAGUUUGAUCUUUAUCUUGGAGUCAAUCUAUGGGAACCUGUUGUUCUUGUCAAUGAAACGGCUAUAGUAACCAAAGAGAUCAUUUAUACUCUUCCUUCAGACCAUAUUCAUGUCUGUGUUGUUGAUAAAAACAAAGGAACUCCGUUUCUGUCUGUCUUGGAAGUAAGGUUUGUGAAGAACAACACGUACGACACUCCGUAUGAAGCUCUUAUGCUUGGUCGGAGAUGGGACUUUGGCACAACAAGCAAUCUCCAAGUCAGGUACAAGGAUGAUUUUUAUGAUCGGAUAUGGAUGCCUUAUAAGUCUAACAUGAAGAUUUUGAAUACAUCCCUCACCAUCGAUGAAACUAACCACAACGGGUUCAGACCUGCGAGUAUAGUCAUGAGAACUGCGAUAUCACCAGGAAACGAAAGCAACCCGUUGACGCUUACAUGGUCACCGGAUGACCCGAGGUCGAAGUUUUACGUAUACAUGCAUUUCGCUGAAGUUCAAAAGCUGCAAAGCAACGAGACAAGAGAGUUCGAUAUAUACGUGAAUGAUGAUCUGCUUGCCGAGAAUUUCAGACCGUUUUACUUGUUCACAGACACACGCUCCACUCCAGAGCCUGUCGGGAGAACGAAGAAUGAGAUUGUCAUAAGGAAAACAGAUCUAUCUACUCUUCCACCGAUCAUCAACGCUAUUGAGAUUUAUCAGAUCAAUGAGUUCCUUCAGUUACCAACAGAUCAACAAGAUGUUGAUACCAUGAUGAAGAUUAAGAUGAAGUAUGGAGUGAAGAAGAAGAACUGGCAAGGAGAUCCAUGUGUUCCAGUGGACUAUUCUUGGGAAGGUCUUGAAUGUCUCCACAGUGAUAACAAUACUUCUCCAAGACUCAUUUCUCUGAACUUAACCUCUAGUGCAUUGACUGGAGAGAUUGAUCCAGCUUUCGCCAACCUAACAUCAAUAAACAAAUUGGACUUAUCAAACAAUAGCUUAACGGGAGAAGUACCUGACUUCCUCACCAGUUUAGUAAACUUGACUGUAUUAAACUUGGAAGGAAACAAGUUAAUUGGUUCCAUUCCAGCCAAACUGUUGGAGAAAUUAAAAGAUGGGUCUCUUUCACUAAGAUAUGGUGGAAACCCUGGCCUUUGUCAGUCUUCUUCAUGUCAACCGACAACAAAGAAGAAGAAGAAUGGUUAUAUCGUCCCAUUAGUAGCAUCAAUCCUAGGACUGCUCGUUCUUUUGAUCGUGUUAGCUUUAUUAUUUCAUUUCAAGAGAAGAUCUCGAAGAGGUGCAAUCUCAAACAAAAUGUCUACUAAUGGUGUCAACACCGGACCACUGGACAUCGCCAAAAGAUACUUUAACUACUCAGAAGUUGUGGAAGUCACAAACAACUUCGAGAGAGUUCUUGGCAAAGGAGGCUUUGGUAAAGUGUACCAUGGUGUCUUGAAUGGAGAUCAAGUGGCUGUCAAAGUACUUUCCGAAGAGUCUGCGCAAGGUUACAAAGAGUUUCGAGCUGAGGUUGAGCUUCUGAUGAGAGUCCAUCACACAAACUUGACAUCUCUUAUAGGAUACUGCAACGAAGACAACCACAUGUCGCUAAUCUACGAGUACAUGGCUAAUGGAAACUUAGGAGACUAUUUGUCAGGCAAAAGUUCAUUAAUAUUGAGCUGGGAAGAGAGGUUACAGAUAUCACUAGAUGCAGCACAGGGUCUAGAGUAUCUCCAUUAUGGUUGCAAGCCUCCCAUAGUUCACAGAGACGUGAAGCCGACUAACAUCUUACUCAACGAGAAGCUCCAAGCCAAGAUAUCAGACUUUGGUCUAUCUAGAAGCUUCCCGGUCGAAGGAACCAGUCAAGUCUCCACCGUUGUCGCUGGAACCAUCGGUUACUUAGACCCCGAGUACUACACAACGAGACAAAUGAACGAGAAGAGCGAUGUCUACAGCUUCGGAGUGGUUCUUCUUGAAGUGGUAACUGGAAAACCGGCAAUCUCACGUUCAAGAACACAGAGCGUACAUCUAAGUGAUGUGGUUGGUUCAAUGCUCGCCAGUGGAGACAUAAGAGGCAUUGUGGAUCAACGUUUGGGAGGUAGGUUUGAGGCUGGUUCGGCUUGGAAGAUCACGGAAAUAGCAUUGGCUUGUGCCUCGGAGAGUUCUGCAAAGAGACCAACAAUGAGUGAAGUUGUUAUGGAGCUGAAGCAGAGUGUUGUUGGGAAGCUGAAUGAUCGAGAUAGCCAUAGGGAUGAUCCUGUAAGAAUGGUUACGAUGAAUCUUGAUACUGAAAUGGUUCCUAAGGCAAGGUAAAGAUGGAUCUUGUGGAUUGAUUAUGAAGAAACUCUACAGUUUACACAUUGUUUUUUCUUUCACGUAUACGUUUGAGGUUUUACAGUAUGAAAGGUUUGUGAACUUUGUGUGUGUAAACUUAAGUUCAAAUAUAUGCAUGCUCUUUGUAUCUCUUGUUCACAAACGUUUUAAAACGAUUAA